CCCGAUUGAGCUUUAUGGGUUCUUGUUUGUUUGUUCUGUCGGUCGUGAUUCCUGAGGAUAAUUGAUCUUUUCUUCUUUGUUAACCUAAGUUAUUUGGGAUUUGCUCUUGUUUUGUUCUGUCUUAAUCGAAUCCUCAAGGGAUUGUGCCGUGACUGCCGUCUUCAAUUGUUUUAUAUAUAUCGAGAGGCCGAAGAAAUCUGUAAUCACAGACAGAGGAAAAAUAAGAAUAAGAAGAUGUACAAUCUUCCAAGAGAUUUGCCGGAGGAGGUGCUCUGUAGAAUUCCGUUGACAUCUCUGAGGCCUGUCCGAUCUACUUGCAAAAAGUGGAGCACUUUAUCCAAAUGUGGGAGCUUUGCAAAGAAGCACCUUGCUCAAGCAAAAGUACUAGCAGACGCAAAGGAGUUUAUGGUGGUCUUGAUGAUGAAUUUUAGGGUUUAUUUGAUGAGAGUCAAUCUUCAAAACAACGUUGUUGAAUCAUCAUCAUCAUCAUCAUCAUCAUCAUCAUCAUGUAUAAAACGUGAAGCUAAACUUAUUAGCUUAGGCGAUGAAGAAGCUGAUAUAUCUCAAGUCUUUCACUGUGACGGUUUAUUGUUAUGCAUCAGCAUCACCGAAUCCAAGACUAGGCUCGUUGUUUGGAACCCGUAUUGGGGGCAUACCCGGUUAUUCGAGCCCACACAUCAAUUCAACAAAUUCGAUAGCUAUUCGUAUGCUCUCGGAUACGACAAGAGCCGCAAAUCCCACAAAAUCUUGAGGGGUAUUACUUGUUUGGAUCCCUUCAAAAUCUACGAUUUUAACUCUGACUUAUGGAGGGAUCUUGAUGUAACUCCGGAGUGGCACUUAUGGCAAAUGCUCCAUGGCGUGUCUCUCAAGGGAAAUGCCUACUGGUUUGCUAGAGAGAAUUAUACCGAAACAAUGGACACAGACCAUUUUUUCUUACUCUGUUUUGAUUUCACAAGCGAGACAUUUGGGCCGCCUUUGCCUCUUCCGUUUGAGUUUGCUGUUUCUGAAGAUACUAUGAGUGUAUCUAGUGUUAGAGAAGAGCAGCUUGUUGUAUUAUAUCAGCCGUGGGAUUAUUUACAGUUGGACAUCUGGGUGACGUCUAAGAUUGAGCCCAACGCUGUGUCGUGGAACAGCAAGGUGUUCUUAUCAGUGAGUUUAAAACAACUCGUCAGCCCUCAGUUUCAGUUAACUUUUGGGAGUUUCUUCAUCGACGAGGAGAAGAAAGUCGCUGUGGUUUUUGAUAAAGACUACGAUAAUAAGCGCAACAUAGCUUACAUCUUUGGAGUGGAUGGAUCCUUUAAAGCAGUUGAUCUCGGAGAUUCAGACCGAAAGUGUUUUCCACUUGUGUGCUCUUAUGUUCCAAGUCUAGUGCAACUUAAUUAGUCGACCAUCUAUUCCUUGCUUACUUUUUUUCUUCCUCUUUUGUCAUCUUCUUUGAACAAGAUCAUUAUUUGUUAGUCAAUAACAUAUUAACUUGUUUCUCAUACUUGUUUUUGUUUGCCAUAUAUAUUUGAAUUCGUUUCCAAAUGGUGCACACGCUCCUUCCCCUGCA